AUGCAGGACUAUGUCCAGGCUGCUGAUAUGUACGAAAGACUAAGCCAGUUGUAUCCCAAAACUGCCCAAUAUCGUUUAUAUUACGCACAGUCGUUGCUAAAUGCUUGUUUCUAUGACGAGGCAAUGCGAGUGGCCUUAUUACUUGAAAGCAACCACAACGACCUCGACUCUGUCCUCAAAUAUGGAUGUAUAUGCUACAAAGUAAGUCCCAUGUUACAAUCACAGGACGGCCGAUACCACGACAGUCUGAAAUAUUUUGAAAAAGCUGUCUCUAUCAAUGGAUCUACUCCAGAACUGCUAUAUAACAUGGCAGUCUGUCAUUACAAACUCCAGCAAUAUGCAAUGGCUUUAAGACAUGUUGGAGAAAUUGUAGAAAUGGGAAUCAGAGACCACCCAGGUCUUAUUCUACAAAAAAUUGUAGAACUCGGAAUAGGAUCGUCAAGUGAUGGAAUCGACAUGCAGAGUGUUGGAAACUCCCUAAUUCUCUACGAUUCGGCAAUAGUGGAGGCAUUCAACCUGAAGGCAGCAAUUGAAUAUCAACUAAGCAACAUUCAAGCAGCCAAAGAAGCCAUUUCAGACAUUCCUCCGCGUUUAGAAGAAGAGUUAGACCCCGUAACACUCCACAACACAGCUCUGGUCAACAUGGACACCCAAGCCAAUCAAGGAUUUGAAAAAUUCCAAUAUUUAUUACAGCAACCCACAUGGCCCGAACAUACCUUCUCCAAUAUUUUAAUUUUAUACUUAAAAUACGGAGUUUGUAAGUUUGGGUCACUUUUAGCACUACGACGUGGCUGCCGACGUGAUGGCGGACAACGACUACUAUGUCGAACAUUAUUUGAGCACAGUAUGGAUGUUUUAGUCACUCCAACUGUCGACAUAAGUGCAAUAAUUCUGGCCAAUUUGUGCGUUUCUUACAUCAUGAUCAACCGGAAUGAGGAAGCAGAGGAAAUUAUGCGCAAGAUUGAGAAGGACGAACUGCAGGAUUUUGUCAACGUUUACAAAAUUUAUAAAACCCUUCUGGAAUGUGCCGAGUCCUUCCUAGCAGAGCACGAUCAAUGUAGAUUGGAGGACCUCAUGCCACCCGAAACAGCAGGUCAAAUUCCCCAUCUGGAGGAGAGUUGUGAUGUGGCCGAUGAGUCAAUUUUUAAUUUGGAAUCGAAAUCUUCAUUUCCUAAAAUAGAAAAAGUGGUAGAACAAAUAAAAACUUCAUGCCAUCAAAAUUUCGCUAUACAAGUUGAUGAAUCCACCGAUGUAGCGAACUGUGCUCAAUUAAUAAUAUUUGCUCGUUAUGUCUAUGACGGAGAUUUUAAAGAGGAAUUUUUAUUUUCCUAUUCGCUUGAAUCGACCACUAAAGGAGAAGAUAUUUUUCAAGCAAUUUCUAUGUUUUUUGACAGUGUUGGGUUAUCUUGGAAUAAUGUAUGUUGUUGCACAACCGAUGGAGCUCCAGCAAUGCUUGGCUUUCAUUCUGGCUUUAGAGACCAAGUUAGACUUGCUAACCAGGAAACGAAACAUAUGCAUUGUAUGCUACAUCGAUAUGCACUUGCUGCAAAAACAUUACCUUCAGAUUUAAGAUAUGUUCUCGAUGAUGUCGUACAUAUCAUAAUUAUAUUAAAAAGAGUGCUUUAA